CUCUCUUUGUAUAUAGAACUAUCGAAGAAGGACUUUCUCCUGUGACAGAAAAUGAUUUGAAGAAUAGGGAUAUAGGCUGAGAUCAGCAGAUCAAGUCUUGGAAAACUGGUGCAGUCGCAUAAAAUCUGCACUGAAAGAGGAAGAGAUUUACAGUCAGCGUAUGUGCAAUCAACAUAAGGUGAAAUGUUCAGGUUUCUCCAGAUCUUUAAGGAUAGAUUGUUUUCUGCAAGCUCUGCCUCAAGCGUAAAACUGCAGAUUUCAUUAAGCCUGUGCUACAAUGAUGAUGGAUGUUCCUUAUAUCUUUUGUGAGAAUAUUUCUGCUUUACCCACGUUGACAGAUGACAUGUGCAUUAUAUUGUAAAGGCUACUUCAGUUGAUGGAUCCUGCUGUUGGAGAUCAUGCUACUUAGAGUGUGCUAAUGUUACGCUGGUGAAUUGGUCUGAUAUCCGGUCAAACUGAAGAAUGCCACCCCUUAAAUCAAGGAGUUAAACCCUGUUUCCUCUACUGAACCAGAAUUGUACAUCCAACCUGAAGAACUGCUUCAAAAGAAUGUAGAUAAUUUCAACCUUUCUCCAGUUAUUAAAGACAAACUGUUCUUAGUUUUUGAAUCAUCCAUUUGGUAUAUUUACCAUUCUCUGAGAUAAGAUAUAUCAAACUAGCGUUUGCCUAAGCCUAGUGAGAGAAGAGAAAGGAAAGGUAGAUGGUUUAUUAAAAUCAGAUCACUCUCUUUACGGGGAUGAGUGACUGAACAGCAACACAGCCUAAGUACCUGAUUUUGCUUUUAUGUGUGUUGCAGCCUGACCUGAAGAGCCAAUCUGCUGCUUAGCAGAGGAUGAGUUCAGUGCCUGCUGUUCCUACAGGAAUACAAGGUUAACAGCAGUAUUUACAGGUUUGGAGCUGCUCUUGGGCAUAGGGUGUCCAGGCUAAGGGUUGUGACGGUGUUGAGAUAGGCUCUCCUUUUUUAACUCUUAACUGUGCUGAGAAGGUCAAAGCGAGGGCUGUGGCUACAGUGGAGUUUAGACCAGAUUCAUGUGCCAGUUACAAGAAUUUUUUACAGUCCUUGUGGCAUUUUAUGUAGCAUGUACUGGGAUACGAAUGUCUCUUAGAGCUGGGAACUGUCUUUUUGCAGGAGUUCGGUUUGGCUUUUUGCGAGGCCACUGCAGAACUGUGGCAGUGCUAGGAAUGACACACAGCAGCCUUGUGAGGCUGGCAGUGUAGCCAAAGGCCAAAAGCCCAUUGCGCUGAUGAUGUGGAAGUAAGCUGCGUUUCCAGAAACGACUCCCAGUCCCUUCCAAAACACUAUUUCCAGGCAUGCUCAGGCAGUAGUGUCGCAGCACAAGGAUGGCUCAGUCAAACACCACAAGGUGUGGAGUGUGUGUAUACAAGGAACACAUCUGUACAGCACUUUUUUAAGAAGUAAUAUUUAGAACCUUGUUCCAGUGUGCAUGCUUUCAUGUGAUUUAUGAUGAUUGUAAAUAAGGGAAUGUGUUACAUUUUUGGCAUUUUGUCUUUAUGCAGAAGAAUUAAAGUCUUUAACUUUAAAAAUCCCCAUUAGUCUGCUUUUGCUGUUGUGUUUUCAGAGUUUCAUUGCAUAAGGAAUAUCUGGGUUCAGUAGUCCUUUUUUUUGGUUUUAGAGUGUUUUGUUUAUUUUGGGGGUUUUUUUAGCUAAAAAGGGGAAGGAGUACUCUUUGGAGAUUAAAUCAAACUCUUGAAGGGAGUUUACAACUUGGGUUGUGUCCAGCCUCUCAGUUUCUAUUCUGACAUCUUGUCAAGAACUUGUAUUUAGUGCAUUGUAACCUAGUGAAAGGGAGCAGCUGAAGCCCCAGCACCCAUUCUGCUAGGAGAAAGGUGUCCUCCUGGAGAGGAUGGAGCUGCUAGGUGAGAGUAGUAGGCUAUCAUUAAAUACUUAAACUUAGCUGUCAGAGCCCUUAAGCUUUUGCCUAUGAUGGAUGGGGCCUGCAGCGGAUUUAUGGACACAAACCCAUAGGAUUUGUAAUUCAGCAGUCUUUAAAAGAUCUUGUAUUUCUCAGUUGAAGAUACCUAGACUUGAAGUAGAAUAACCAAUCUGCUUGUGGCAAUUAAAUUUUGGGCAGAUUUAUUCUCUAAACCAGGUUCUGUAUGCUUUGACAAGCUUUGUUAGCACAAGGAAAGGAAUGGUACUGGGCAGAUGAGGUUUGAGGUCUGGUAAAGUAAUUUCAUGCAGUGCUGCCACCGGAUGGAGAACCAUUGUAAUGCCUCCUGAUUAGUAACAGUGCCCUCAUCAGUCCAGACAGAGCCGUUAAAUUGGAAUGCACUCCAUCCAUUCACUUGUUUAUCCAUCCGAAGCUAUUUGACAUAAGAGUUUACAACUGAGGUAAGCAAAGUUGGCACUCCACCCCCAACUUGUAUUUAAUAGUCCUCCGUUAAUUUUACCUAUUUUAAUUAAAUCUAGUUUGCAUAAAUUUGUGCUCAGUUCAUAAUUCAGCCAAAAUAAAACCUGAACUUCACCAGCCAGGUUUAAUUUUCUUCCAAGAAGCGUCAUGUAUCUUCUCUUGGUAUGCUUCCACUGGGAGAAUCUCCUCACAGAUGAUACAUUAUCUGUGCUUGUAGAAACAGUCCUUCACUAGCAGUUCUGAAAUGCCAUUGUUUAUAUGUGUACUUUUGUUUUUAAAACUGCUCCUUAGAGGUCACAGUAACGAGGGUAUCUCCCUCUCCCCUUAAAAUUCCCACUGUAGUGUGAAAGUGCUUUUCUGAGGAUUUUCUUUACUGGCAAAGACAGAAAAAUGCAAGGCAGCUGUAACCCCUAAGCUCUGUUACAGCAGAUAGUUCUGCUUGAUAAACUGAAUUUAACUUGUACGUAGCGUUUUGCUAAAAAUGCUGCGUGGCUGCCAGGCUGAAGCUGUCCUCUAUCAGGCUAGCUUGGGUGAGUUCAGGUAAACAUGCCGUUCAAAUCGUCUUAUCUCAGAGCAAGGCUGGAGGAAAUGGAGUUUGUUUGUACGUGUUUUGAACUGAUGCUGUACUUCAAGCUUAUCCUUGGCUCAGGAACGCAGUUCUGUUUCCCACAGAAGUGUGUGGGAAAGGAGAAGUAGCAUAGCAAACUCUCCUGCAGGAGCACAGAUAUUUAUGCUGGUCCCACACAAGAUGUGUGAGUUUGUAUUUUUACAGUAAGGCCAGGCAAAAGGAAAGGAAAUUCCAAGCUAAAUCCAUUUACACUAGUACUUUAAAACCUUAGUGGUUCACUGAGUGUAGAGCUGGACCAACUGUUAUCGCCCAAAGGCAGACACUUUGGAGACAUCCUACAAUAGAGACCUCUGCGGAGAAAAGUACAAGACCUGUGUACAACCUUUGAGGAAAAAACAAUGAGUUGAUGGAAAGUGAACGCAGUUCUCCUUACUUCUUCUCAAAAUACUACUGAUUUCAGCCAGGAGCACUAGAGGAGGCAGUGAAGAUUUGGCUAGGGAAAAGGAGUUAAUUGCAUGCUGCAGGCAGGAACCAAAUGCCCGCAAUGGAGAGGCCAGCUGGGCCAGUGCAGCGGAUGAUUCACUUCAUGAUGCACAGAGGUAACUGUACCAGCGGUGCCAUUGUGACUGUGGUAGCUACGUCCCGUGUCCCAAGAAGCAGCACCAAGGCCAGAAGAAGCCAAUGCUGCCCGGUUUGUGUAUGCCUUGCUGUGAAGCAUCCCACCAGCUGUCAGCCCAUGAGGGCCACAAAGUCUCCGCGCCGCCCGGCUCUCCCUCCAGCCCUCCCGAGGUCACCCUCUGCCAUGUCCUUCCGCCAGAGGAGCCCGCACGGCGGCACCGAGAGCAGCCCACAGCCUCCACCUCGCUGGUCCCAAGGAAGGAAACGUGGUGCAGAUGGAAAGCGGAGAAAGCAGAAUGAAUUUGAUUCAUCCGUUUUUGAUGAAAACAAGUACAGACCUUCUGACAACAGGCUGGACAGUUUUACAACACCAGAAGGCCCAGGACCUGUUUCCCGGUGUUCAGAUUGGGGAACUGCAGUGGAAGAAGAUGAAAUGAGGACCAGUGUUAACAAAGAAAUUGCAAGAUACAGAAGAAAACUCCUGAUCAAUGAAUUUGCAAGAGAAAGGAAGUCAUCCUCUGGAAGUUCUGAUUCAAAGGAGUCCACUGUGACAGUAGAACUUGAGACAGAUGAAGUGGUUUUGAUGAGAAGACAGAAACAGAUAAACUAUGGAAAAAACACAAUUGCAUAUGAUAGAUACAUUAAAGAAGUUCCUAGAUGCCAUCGUAUACCAGGGGUUCAUCCCAGAACUCCAAAUAAAUUUAAGAAGUACAGCCGUAGGUCAUGGGACCAGCAAAUUAAACUGUGGAAAGUUGCAUUGCAUUCCUGGGAUCCACCUACUGAAGAAGGAUGUGAUCUGCAAGAAAUGAGUCCUGUUGACCUUGGUGAGAUGGAGACAGAAUCUGUUGCAAGUAAUUCUACUGAAUCUCAAACAAGCUGUCAAGAUAAUGAUGAUACCUGUUCUGGCACUCCCACCAAACUUAGACACAUUGACUCUCAAGCAGAAGGCGAAUUCAAUUUGGAAGUGUGUUUGAGUGAACCACUCAAAGAUUUCGAUACUGUGAGUUAAAUAGUCUCGUGCAAAUUGUUUUAGAGGAAGUUUCUUUUAAAUUUGAGAGGUUAGCUCGAUUCAUAAACUGUUAAUAGUAAGAAAGCUUAAGCAAAGUUGAAGACUAUUCUCUAAGUUCAGGUUGGUCUACAUAUUCUCUGGACCAAACUUGUGUAAAAAUACAAUUCAGUUGUGUGACUUAUUUUUAACUUUUAAUUUAUGUAUAUCAGAUUUUUUUUUUAUAAAACCUUUCAAUAGAAAAAAAUAGCCAAAGGCAAUGCUACCUUAAGUAAUGAUAAAUUGUUCAGCAAGAUCUUACUGAUUCUGGCCUCCCCCCUCCCAUAAUUUCAGUUAUCCACCUGUAGACCAAGAGCAAAGUAGGGAGAUGUUUUUGAGCCUCCGUUUAUUACCUUGCUUUUCCAUCUGUCUUUACUACAAGGAUAUGACUUGAAGCAAUAUAGGUGGUAGUUGAAUCGUACUGCUGAUUAGUACUAGUAAACUCAUCUACUGCAGUUCUUUACUAUAAAAUUAAAUUGCCUUACCCCUUGAUUGGUUGGGUUUUUUUAAAAAAAACACAGAUUGUUUUUUAUUUGCAAAAGGGUUUCUGAAACAAUUGGAAAUUAAAUACUGUGAAGAAAUUGGAGGUCAGUAUGGUAAAUCACAGGCAAUAAUGCUUUAAGAAGCAGUAGCCUGAAUUUGAAAUUUGUAAAUAGUCAUGAGUCAUUUGUUUAUAAAGCCAAGAAAACAAUGUGUAGGUAAAGUGAUUCAUUUUUUUAAUUUUCUGGUUUUAAAUGUAAAACUGUUGUAAAUGAUAACACUGUACAGACUUUCUGCUGAAAGCAGUUAAUGUUUCUAUU